CGUGCGUGCAGCCAGGACUGAGCGGGGGCGUGGCCUGUGAACUACCUGCAGCAGGUAGUUUCGUGUUUCCUGCAGGUUUUCUGCAGCAGACCGUUCCGUCCUGCUGCCGAGACGAGAGGAUUACUGAACCCCACCUGAAUCCGUUCAUGUCCGUUUGAACUUUGUUUUUGAGUUCCAACUUUUCCUGUUUCCUGAAUGACCUCAUCAGCAACCAGCAGGUAGAGCUAUGAUGUGAGAGAACCAGCUCCCAUCAGAACCUCACAGAGACGCCAUGCUCAGCUGUGAUGGUGACCCUGCAGAUGAAGCCGUGGGCUCGGAGGUCCAUCUGGAUCUUUCCCAGCACCCCUCCUACUCCGGCUCUGCUCCUUUAGAGCUAGAAGAAGAGGAAACGGGACAAGGAUGUGAAACCCAAAGCCAAGAUGGACGCCUUCAGAGAUGCGGACAGUUGGAUAAGAGGUGGAUUCUCUGGCAUGAGUUCAUGAAGGAACACGCCCACUUAGACACUUGGCUGCGAUUUGCUGAGCAGGCUGUUACCUCUUUAAGCCCCGCCUACAUUACUUAUAGUGUUGCCAAAGAGGAGCUGAAGAAGUUUGAGAGGUUGCGGUCUGAGGCAGGAUCUCAGCUCAUCCAGGUAGACAGUCUGACCCGCAGAAAUCGGACAUUGACUCGACUUUUCCAGGGCACAAUGCAAGCCCGGCUGCUGGCAUCGGCGCGGGAAUGUGGCCAACGAUGGGACGACGUGAACGCCAAACUGGAGUCCACCGGAGCACAGCUGCAGCGCUUCAUCACGGAGUGGGAGGAGUUUGAAGCAGAAAGGGAGGAGCUUGGUCUCUGGUUGGCUGACAUGGACGCUUGUCUAACUGAAAUCGAUCACAUGACAGGAAGCAACUGUAAAAAACUGAGACGGCUUCAGUCGUUCCAGCAGUCCGUGUGCGAGAACUCGGGCCGUGUGAACGCCCUGCUGCAGCGUGGCGAGGUGCUGAUCCAGCGCUGCCAACCAGCUGAUGCUCAGCAUGUGGAGGGCCGAUUGCUGGAGCUGCUGCGGCGGUGCAGCCAUGUCUACAACAACAUCGCCAGCACACACACUCGUCUCCUCAGCAUGAGACUGGUUUUCGAGGACGACUGGAUUCUGUCCCCGACUUCAGACUCCGGCUGUCCUUCAGAGAGUCUGCAUGACGGCGAGGAAGCGUUUGAUAAGUACCACCUGGACCUCCCUUCGGUUUCAAACCGCCUUAAAGAUCUCAGAGCAUCAGGUAACUCUGCUGCAGCCUCCCCCCCACGCCGGCCUUCACCCACCCACCACCCUCCUCCUCCGCCGUCUCCGUCCUUUCCUACCCAUGAGCACAUGGGGCUGGAGUGGGACCCCUCGGUGGACAUUGGACGCUCCGUCUCCCAUGACGAUGCAGACUCUUCGUAUUUCAGCGCCAGCACAGGUUUGUGCCAACGAGGUGGCAUGAAGCGGUGGAGCUACCUCAGCUCCUUUGACUCUGUUUCUGACAUCAGUGCUGACCUCACAAACCAGGAAGUAGAUGUUGGUUCAGAGGAGUGGCUCGACCAUGCUGCACCCAGACUCCUCGCUCUCAGGCAAGAUGGGGACCAAUGGACAACCUCCACUCCUGCCAGAGAAGACGAUGAGCCAAUGAGGUUUGAUGGAGGGCGUGUGAAGGCGUGGCUGAGUGUCCAGAGCUCCACCCCCUCUGAGAACAGGACUUCUUGUUCCAAGGCAGUCCAGACUGACGGAGAAGUGAAGUCAGCCAGACCUACAGGAUGACAAGGACUUUUCUUGCUGUGAAGAAGAUGAGCAGCUCCUCUCUGAUCAGAGGUUGACUUCCAGAGCUGCAGCCUCCUGCUCGUCCUCGGCGCUCCUCCUCCUCGCCGCAGCUCUCGUUCUGUUCGGCAGCCUGAUCGCAGUCGUCAUGGAACCUCCGUGUCACCGUGGCAACCAGAUGUUUCGAACCUUCCACCUCAUGCUGAGUUACGUCAACGGGCCUCCACCAACCUGAAGGCCAGUGCUCAAAGGUCAAAGGUCAAUCCUACAGGCCCUGAUGAGACUCAACAGGGCAUCGCCAAAGUGACUGUAUUGGAUUUUCAUUUUCAUGCUUUCUGCCUAAAAAAAACGUUGCUGGAAAUCCUCAAAACGUUUUUUUAGUUGCAUUCAUUUUGGUUUUAUUUUAGUUGAUUUGUUGUUAGAUUUAGUUUAGUUUUGUUUGGACUGAACUAUAUUUUUCGUUUGGAGAUUAAAAUCCGACGGCUGGACUCAAACUUUUUGAGACCGCUGCAGCUGGAAAAGAAGAAACGAGGCCGCUUUUUUUCUGCUUGCUAAACGGGCAGAAAGCCGAUGAUUUAACUCUUGACUUGUUUUGGAAGCUAAAAACAUGAGAUCUAAAGUUCCCAACCAGAAGAUUUUCCCAAAUAAGCUUCCUGGUCAAGGAAUUCCCUUUUAAAUCCAAAUAUCUGACAGGAUUUAAAUCCGUUUUCUCCGUUUAAUUAGUCUGAGAAUUAGUAAAACCUGAAGCAGAAUUUAAAAAAAUGAAAAGCUUUUCACAUUGAUGAAGCUUUAGAAGACAUUUUUUGUUUAUAAUCUCCUAAAUAUCAUAAAAAUAAAAGGUUUAACAUUUAAAUAGUAGUAAAAACAGACUGUUUAAACACUUAACAACCACAAACGGUGGGACUUGAAUAAAUAAACAUAAUCGGUAUAAUUAUGUUUAUUAUUCACUCGCUGUCAGUAAAAUGUAUCCUGCAGUUAAAACCGGUUUUUUCUUCUUCACGUUUUGAAUUUUCUCUCAUUUUUUGACUCGUUUGUUUGAACUUCUAAAAGUGGGACUUUUCUCAGGGAAAACUUUCCAUCCAAGUUUACAAAAAGAGUAAAUUUAAUGAAGAUUAAAUGAUCAAAGUUGAUGUUUUUAGACCUUUAAAAGGUUUAAACAUGAAAAGAUUCUGAAAUUAAACGUUUCACCAUUUAAUCUUUUUGUUACAGAAAAAUCAGGCGAUGAAUUUAAUGGUUUUGUUUUUCUACACAAAUAAAGUAUAAAACGCU